UAAUUGCGGGGUGUCACUGUUAGUCUCACGAGCUCCUAUACUAAAGCAGCCAGGCUACGUGUUUGCUAGCAUUAGCAUGUAAAGGUUUUAAUAUAUCAAGAUCAGCGUGACAUUUGAAUACUAAAAGUAGCCAUAGUUUUUAAAUGGCAUGUUUCCAGUGGCUUAACCGCUAACACCGUGUUGAGCCAGGAGGCUAGCGCUAUUUAAACGGCAGCCGGACACAGGCCGCAAAAUGGAGCCAGGGACGUCGAGUGAAAUCCGGAACGGCUCGGGGUUCCCUGAACCGACCGGUCCUCGGGAGGAGACCCCGGGGGAAGAGGCGAGAGGCGGCAUGUUGAAGCGGAGAGGAGCGGAGGCAGAGCCUGCGGAGGAGAUGGAAGCGGACUGUGAGAACGAACCGGAGCACCAGAGAAACACCGGAGGGGAGGAAGAAGCUGGCAAACAUGAGGAGGAAUUGGACCCGAGAAUUCAGGAUGAGCUGGAGCAACUUAACCAAGCCAGUGAUGAGAUCAACAAGCUGGAGCUGCAGCUGGAUGAGGCCAGGUCCAGCUACAGGAGGAUCCUCACUGAUUCUGCCAGGAGGCUCAAUGCUCAGGGCUCCCAGCUCGGUGCCUGCAUCGAGAAAGCACGACCCUACUAUGAAGCCCGCAGACUGGCCAAAGAGCAUGAGGGGAGGGGACUUCCAGCCUCGAGCAGCACCUUCUACCAAGUCAGGAUAGCUACAUCGACUGACAGGGUCCACACUGGUGGCCUAUCUAAAUGA